AUGAGAUUGGAAGACAUUCCAACUACCACCCAGUAUCUUAUUGUCGGUGGAGGAACCGGAGGAUUAGUAGUUGCCUGCCGUCUCUCCGAAGAUCCCGACAAUUAUAUUGUUGUCCUGGAAAGCGGCCCAGAUGCGUCUGAGGAUGGCCGAAUUAGAGACCCCCUGCUUUGGCGCUCUUGGAGCGGAUCUGAACUCGAUUGGAAGCUCAAGAUAGCCCCACAGACUGGGUUCAAUGGCCGCGAGGUGGACCAUCCCGCUGGGAAAGUUUUGGGUGGCUCCUCUGCGAUCAAUGGCUUGGUAUUCACCCCGCCAUCACCGGCUGGAAUCGAUGCAUGGGCGAAAUUGGGAAAUCCGGAUUGGAAUUGGGAGACUUUGCGACCUUAUCUCCAGAAAUCGUAUACCCUGAAUGGACCGAAGUCAACUCAGUCAUCAAGCUUGGGAGAGCAGGCUCAUGGACCAAUCCAAGUCACUUUUCCUACUUUGGCAGACAUUAAGAGCAGUCCGCUUGCUCAGGCGUGGAAAGAUGCUCUGAAUAGCCUGGGGUAUGAGCAUAGCGUCGAUGUUCUUGGUGAAAAGAGGACAAUUGGCACGCGCGAUUACACAGCGACUAUCGAUUCGACCUCGGGCCUUCGCAGUAGCGCAGAUAAUGCAUACGGUCAAGUGGCAGCCAAGCGUGCCAAUAUCAGUAUCAUACCAGAAGCCUCUGUUCGUCGGAUUCUCUUUUCUUCUGGUUCGGAGAGGACAACCGCAACCGGAGUGGAGUUCUCCUACCAAGGAAAGACAGCAAGGAUCCAGGCAACGAGAGAAGUCAUUCUGGCUGCAGGAGCUUUCCAUACACCGAAAAUCUUGGAACUAUCAGGCAUCGGUAGCCAAGAAAGACUCAGCCGUCUCGGUAUCCCGGUGAUCAUUGAUCAACCGGGAGUAGGCGAGAACUUGCAAAAUCAUGUAAUGAGUAUGCUGCCUGUUCCUCUCAAAGCUCACCCAGACAUCGAAGGAAUGUCUCUUGGUUUCAAAGGUGUGGCUUACACCCGUAUCGGCCAAGACGACCAAGGUCAACUGUUUGCUCACAUGGAGCCCGCAAGUCUAUCUGACAAGGUUAUUCAAUCAAUCAUAUCGCAACCAGAUGAAGCCUCUGCGAUUCUCAUGAUUCUCGUCAUACCCGGUGGCAAGGUUGUGCUGGGUGUCAUCACAAGCUUCCCGUUCUCGCGCGGUACCUGUCAUAUCACAUCUUCCAACCCAGACGAGAUGCCGAGCAUAGAUAUGGGAUUCUUCAGCAACGAUCUAGACAUAGAGUUCCUCGCUCGACACGUGGAAAGUCUGCACCAAUUGACAACCACGCAAGCUCUGGAACCAUUCUUGCAGCCCAGCAUGGCUCUGGACUUAGAAGCAAUCAAACAGCUGCUUCGUGAGUCGACGGCAGGAUCUUGCCAUCAUGCCUGUGGAACUGUGGGCAUGCUUCCUCGCGAGGCGGGAGGUGUAGUUGAUCAAGAGUUGAAGGUAUACGGGACGAAGAAUCUGCGAGUUGUCGAUGCAAGUGUAUUUCCACUUAUAACACACGCAAAUCCCAUCGCGACGGUAUAUGCGGUAGCUGAGCGGGCAGCAGAUAUCAUCCGUGGGAGGGAAUGGUAG